AUGCGCGCUUUCACGUUAAUCACUUCUGCGUCUCUCGCCGCGGUAGCCAGCGCUGCCAUUGCUCCGCGCUCUGUAUCCACCGUCUUCCAGACGUACGGAGAAUGCCAAAGCCUCAUUAAGACGACAGUGCCGCACACUGUCGCGGCGACAACUACGACCGUGACGACCACUAACCCGGGAACGACCACCGUGAGCAGGUACCCGGCCAACGCGGCGCUCGCCCCGGAGAUCACUCCCGCGCCCGAGGCCAAGCGCGCAGAGCUCUCAGAGCGCGAUCUCACCAUCAUCUACUCUUGGAUCUGCACUGGGACCGAGACUGAGACGUACACCUAUUUCUCGGAUAUCACGACUCCCGGAACGGCGACGGCGACGGCCACCGAAUGGGCUCAUACGUCGACAUAUACGCUUUGCAUUCCGGGCCAUGUGUGCGGCUGA